GCAGCAGCAGCAAGCGUGGGCUUCCAGUCACUCGGGUCACGCUAUCCCAGCUAUCUUGGAGCGCAAGGCGGAGUCGCCGGCCCCAUAGAAUCGAGUUUUCAAUUGACAUUUUUGGGAUGCGGGAGAGCAAGAAAACCUGUAAACUCUACACAGGAUUUGAACCCGCAAUCUCAGAAAUGUGCCGCCAUCCGCGCACUCAAUUUAAAAAAAGAAUAAUCUAAUCAUUUUAGAAUUGCCAUGUAGGCACUUCUGCGGAGGUUUGUGUGUGCUGGGGACAACACUUAAUAUUUACAAUCCAAUUGCAUCGUAAAAGGAAAGCAAUUUUUGUUUAUCAGCGCUGCCACGGAGCAAACUUUGCUCCGGGACCGCAAAGACGAGAUAGGGCGCCACACGACCGAUUCGCAUUUCGACAAACAAGAUGGAAGCCAGGAAGCGUUGUGCUCUUUCCUCCCUGGAGGUGAUGCUGGCAACCCUCUUCGUCACCAUGACGAUCGUCAGCGUCACUCUGAUUGCCGUGACGAUCACGCGCUCUGCCAACACCUCGAUAGGUCCCGAGCUGACUCCGCCCCCAAGUGUAACUCCGAGCCCUGAUCCGCGACCGCCUUUCCUGAUUGGUGUAGGCCGCGCCGACUGUACGGGACCCCCCGCGGAACUUCCUCUGAUGGGGUACGCUAACCCUCAGCAAACGGCCGCGGGCAUCCACACCCGUUUGUUCAGCCGCGCCUUCAUCAUCGACGACGGCCGCCGUCGAGUGGUCUUUGUCGCGGUUGACGUGGGAAUGAUCUCGCAGAGGCUCCGAUUGGAGGUCCUGAAGGCCCUGCGAGUGAAAUACGGCGAGCUGUACCGGCAGGACAACGUGGUGCUGAGCGGGACGCACACGCACUCGGGCCCGGCCGGUUACUUCCAGUACACGCUUUUCAUGAUCAGCAGCAAAGGUUACCUCAGGUCGUCCGUUCAGCCGCUGGUCAGAGGUAUCGUCAAAAGCAUAGACAGAGCCCACGGCACCGUGCGGCCGGGACGGAUCUACAAGAACCGAGGACGUGUGGACGCCAGCAGCGUCAACAGGAGUCCUCACUCCUACCGCCACAACCCGCAGGACGAGCGGAUCAGGUACGACGACGACGUGGACAAGGACAUGGUGCUCCUCAAGUUCGCCGACGCGGACGGCGACGGCAUCGGGCUGCUCAGCUGGUUCGCCGUGCACGCGGUCAGCAUGAAGACGACCAAUCGUCUGGUGAGCGGCGACAAUUUGGGCUACGCCGCGUACCUGAUGGAGAAGGACAAAAACCCCGCGGCGCUACCUGGACAGGCAGCUUUCGUGGCCGCGUUCUCCUCCAGUAACCUCGGCGACGUGAGUCCGAACGUUCGAGGUCCUCGCUGCGUCAACUCUGGAUUGGCCUGCGACUACUUGAACAGCUCCUGUCCGGAGGGGGGGACUAAGGAGUGUCAGGCGUUUGGACCUGGUGAAGACAUGUUUGACAGCACCAGAAUCAUCGGACUCAACAUCUACAGGAAGGCUAGGGAACUGUACGCCGACGCGGCGGACGAAGUGACGGGUUUCAUUCACUCGGCUCAUCAGUGGGUCAACAUGACCGACGUCGCCGUUCACGUCAACGACACGCACGUGGCGACGACGUGCAAACCGGCGCUGGGCCACAGUUUUGCGGCUGGAACCACCGAUGGAGGAGGAGACCUCAACUUCACUCAAGGCGCCGUGGAGGGCGACCCAUUUUGGGACGGUAUCCGAGACGCCCUCCUGGGUCAACCGUCCAAUCGGAGCCAAGAAUGUCACCGGCCCAAACCCAUCCUGUUCAGCACGGGAGAGAUGAACUGGCCGUUGCCAUGGCACCCAGAAAUCAUUGACAUUCAGAUCCUGACAGUCGGAUCCGUAGCAGUUGUCGCCGUUCCCGGAGAGAUAACCACCAUGGCGGGCAGGAGGUUAAGAGAAACGGUUGAACGGGAGCUCCAGUCGGAGGGGGGCUUCUGGGACGUGGACGUGGUCAUCGCCGGCCUGAGCAACGUGUACACGCACUACAUUACCACCUAUGAGGAAUACCAGGUUCAGCGGUACGAAGGCGCGUCCACCAUCUUCGGUCCGCACACGCUCGGCGCCUACCUCCUCAAAUUCGGCGAGCUGGCCCGCGCCAUCGCUCAGGUGAGACCCCGAUUCCGACGUCGGGGAGGGGGUUUCUCGGUCCCCGCUCGUUUUCUUCGUCUUAGUUCCGUCUUUUUGCCGUUGUCCCUUUUUUUUCUUGUUCUCCGAUCGAUUUUCUCUUCGUCCGGCUUUCACGCGCGUUGCUCGGAAAGCGGAUCUGAUCGUGAACUCGGCGGCGAUGUCGUCACGCAGGACCGAGUCGGGUCCGUCCCUCCGGGUCCGCCUCCUCCGUUCUUCCAGAAGAAUCUUUUCAACCUGUUACCCGCGGCGCAGGUGGACAGGAAACCGGACAACAGCUCUUUUGGAGAAGUCCUGGUGCAGGUCCUUCCCGCCUACAGACAGGGUGACGUGGUGUCCGUCACCUUUGUGGCAGGAAACCCCAGACACUCGGGAGACGUGGUGAGCCCGUCCGGUUUUGUCCUGGUGCGGUUGUUGGGUGCUCUCGUCCUCCGCUGGUGGGAUUUUCUGUCUAGCUGGGGGAGGUUUUGUUCUCCUCUUUUUGUUUGGUUUUCCGGCCUCAUCCUGUGGGCGUCUUGUUUUUCGUUCUGGUUUUGCAUCCGUCUGAUUCCUCGGUCGUGUCAUUUUCUCGUCCUCCGAUUGUCUGAUUGUUUUCCGGGUUGGGGCCGCUCUUUGGUUGUCUGCUUCUCCCUUGCUGGAAUCGUUUCCUUUGCCCGGUUUAACGACCGGACUCCUGUUGACGAGCGUGGCCUGUCUCCGGUCAGAGAGAUCGGAGCUUUGUCGCCGUGGAGAUGCACGACGCCGCCAGCGACUCCUGGACGCUGGUCCACACCGACGCAUCCUGGGAAACCAGGUUCCUCUGGCUCAAAGGUCCCGAGCGCCGGAGCAACGCCACGGUGGAGUGGCACAUCCCCGCGAACGCCGCCGUCGCGUCCUACAGGAUCAAACACUUCGGCCACUACAAGAGCAUAAAAGGCCUGCGACCGGUCAUCACGCCCUACCAGGGCACGUCCGACGUCUUCCGGGUCAUCGGCGGUUUUUAUUCCCGCUGACUUUUGAGAUGGAUUCAGGCGACGUCGCGUCCUCUUUCUCCCGUGGAAUUUCU